UCAUUUCUCAAAGCAAGAUAUAGAGAGAUUUUAGUAAAAGAGCCAACAUCUUUCCUGUAGCUUAACACACACUCCCACCGUCAAAGCCACCCAAUCAAAGGCAAAGAUGCACCAAAAAGCCCCAAGAGUUCCAUAGAGAUACACUCCAUAAAUUUAACUUAUCUCUUUUCUUGUUCAUCCUUUUGGUUUCUCUUCGUUUUUUUUUUUUUUGUUUUUUUUUACCAUAUUAAUUCUGUUUCUCAUCACUACUUUAAUCUGUGUUUCCUUUCGUAAAGAUCGUUCUUCGGGUUUAAGCUUUCAAAUCACUUUUGGGUAGUUUGGUUGUUUAGGCCUUCUGCACUUCACAAACCCAAGCAAACAUCUUGAUCUUUCUUGGUUUUGACUUGUGUGAGUUUAGAUUUAGAUGCAUGACCUAAACAACUAUUUCUUCGGGUGAUUUUUAGUGUUGAUUUUGAUCAUCGUCUCUCUUUUUUUGCUUGUGCUUGAGUUGAAAUCAUGGCAAACCGAUGGUGGACCGGGCAGGUGGGUCUAGCUGGACUGGAAAACUCGGCAAAUUCAUCGCCAAUGAAACAACCAGAUCUGGGAAUAUCCAUUAAUGAUGACAGUGGAACCGGAAACAGCAGAGGUGGGAACGAAGAAGAGGAAGAAAGGGAGAACAGUGAGGAGCCGAGAGAAGGCGCAAUCGAAGCAGCCACUCGACGGCCGAGAGGCCGCCCUGCUGGCUCCAAAAACAAGCCGAAACCGCCUAUAUUUGUCACCCGGGACAGCCCUAAUGCUCUUCGGAGCCAUGUCAUGGAAAUAGCAAGUGGAGCUGAUGUUGCAGAUAGUGUGGCUCAAUUCGCGAGAAGGCGGCAGAGAGGUGUUUGUGUGCUCAGCGCCAGCGGCACCGUCACAAACGUUUCGCUUCGCCAGCCGUCUGCGCCUGCAGCUGCUGUCAUGGCACUUCAAGGCCGCUUCGAGAUUCUCUCACUCACAGGUUCGUUUCUUCCCGGACCCGCACCCCCCGGCUCCACCGGACUCACCAUCUAUCUCGCCGGCGGACAAGGUCAGGUGGUGGGGGGCAGUGUCGUGGGCCCGCUUGUGGCUGCUGGGUCGGUGAUGGUGAUGGCGGCGACAUUUUCUAAUGCCACCUACGAAAGAUUGCCUUUGGAGGAUGAAGACGAAAGUGGUGGCCCUGCCGGACAGGGACAUGAGGUGGCUAGUGGUGGUGGUGGUGGUGGAAUCUCCCCGCCGCCGGGAUUCAGAAGUGGCGGAGGGCAGCAGCUGCAAGGUGGAAUGGGUCAUGAGCAUUCACAGAUGCCGGUCUAUAAUAAUUUGCCUCCAAAUUUGCUUCCCAACGGUGGGCAUGAGUUGAACCAUGAGGCUUAUAAUCCUUGGGCGGGUCAUGGCCGGCCACAAUAUUAGACUUUUUAGGGUUUGUGAAGAUGAUCAGAUCCAUGGGUGAGAUCGAAAGAUUAAUUAAGACACAAUUAGUAGGGAAGAAAAUGAAAGUUAGAGAUCGAUCAUGAUCAAGGUGAGAAUAAUUUCACGGAUUAUAUAUAUCAUGUAUGCAUGUAUACUACUACUUAAUAUAUGUCUCGAUCUAUAUAUGGCUUUGCUUUUCAA